CCCCCACUCGGAGGACCAACUCUCCAGAUCGUGGUGUCGCGAAGAAUCGAAGAAAGAACCACCCAAAAUCAGUCUUUACCGACGUCUUCUACUUUUACUUUCGUUCUAUAUGCACGGGUUGAUCCAAUUUUUAUGGUGAAGUGUUUUUUUUUUUCUAUGAAAAAAGCAGUUGCCUUCAAUCCGAGUUUUUCUUUAAAUUGAAGUGUUGGUUUAGUGAUUUUUUAGAAAAAAGUUUCAAAGAAUCUGUAUAGGAUGAACCUUCCACUGACCCACAGGUGACAUAGAGAUGUCUCAAAACACCAACCACUACUGGCAAAAUAAGAAGACCUACAAGUUUCGUUGGCUAAAAAUGAAAAUUCGCCCACCAGAUUAACCAGGGGAGAGUUUUAGAUUAUUUAGCUACCAGUUAUUAAAAUCUAGUCCAAUAAAUCUUUAUUAGAUAACUGUGAUAAUAGCCCAUUUAGAAUUAUAGACCAAUAUUGUAAGAAUAACUUAAAAGAUAUAUAAAGAUAAACUUUAAGGAGAUAUUUAACAUGGCUGUAGUACCAAUUUUGGCAGCCACAGCUGUAAAAACCGUAGGGUUAGUCGGAUCAACGCUAUGGCUCAUUCCUCUGAUACUUGCCAGCCUUACUUUCCUACAUUACAAUAAGCUUGAUCCUGAAUCUCCAGUUUACGACCAAACAACCUUGUACAAAGAAUAUGAUUUUGUUGUAAUUGGCGGAGGAUCUGCUGGAGCAGUUGUAGCAUCAAGGCUCUCAGAGAUCCCAGACUGGAAAGUGCUACUUUUGGAAGCAGGUCCAGACGAAAACGAAAUAUCGGAUGUACCAUCUCUAGCCGCCUACCUGCAAUUAUCCAAGCUGGAUUGGGCUUAUAAAGUGGAGCGCACUGGAAGAGCUUGCCUAGGUAUGAAAAAUGGACAAUGUAACUGGCCCAGAGGCAAGGUUCUUGGUGGAUCCAGCGUUCUAAACUAUAUGUUGUACGUAAGAGGACAUAGAAACGACUAUGAUCAUUGGGAAAAACUUGGAAAUCCUGGCUGGAACUAUCAAGAAGCACUAAAAUACUUCAUUAAAUCUGAAGAUAAUAGAAAUCCAUAUUUGGCAAAAACACCCUACCACGGUAAGGGUGGUCUACUAACUGUGCAAGAGUCACCCUGGAAAAGUCCUUUAGUGGUUGCUUUUGUAGAAGCAGGAAUGGAAUUGGGUUAUCCAAAUAGAGAUAUUAAUGGUGCUGACCAAGCAGGGUUUAUGAUAGCUCAAGGAACAAUUAGAAGAGGAAAACGCUGUUCUACAGCUAAAGCCUUUCUGCGACCAGUCAAACUCAGAAAAAACAUACACAUCGGACUUAAUGCCCAUGUAACUAAAAUCCUAAUAAACCCUACUAAUAUGAGAGCCUUUGGAGUAGAGUUUUUUAAGAAUGGUCACCGACACGUGGUAAUGGCAAAAAAAGAAGUAAUUUUGUCAGCUGGUGCCAUAAAUUCUCCACAGAUUUUAAUGCUGUCAGGUGUCGGGCCACGACAAGAACUAAAAAAGCACAAUAUUCCAGUGCUUAGAGAUCUGCCAGUUGGCUACAAUUUGCAGGAUCAUGUUGGAAUGGGAGGAUUAACAUUUAGAAUUGACAAGCCAGUAUCAAUAGUUCAAGAUAGGUUCCAAGCGAUUCCAAUGACGAUGCAAUAUGUCCUAAAUGAACAAGGACCAAUGACUACUUUGGGAGGAGUAGAAGGACUGGCUUUUGUUAAUACAAAAUAUGCAAACAGAUCAUGGCCUGACAUCCAAUUUCACAUGGCCCCGGCUAGCAUAAACUCUGACGCAGGCGCGAGAGUACGUAAGGUACUCGGUCUAACCGAUGAACUCUACGACGCUGUCUACAAACCGAUAGCCAAUCAAGACGUCUACACUUUGAUGCCUUUACUGCUGCGUCCUAGAAGCAGAGGUUGGGUGAAACUACGAAACAAAAAUCCGUUUGAGGCACCUCUCAUUAACGCAAAUUAUUUUUACGAUAAUUUCGAUAUUAAAACAUUAGUAGAAGGCGCUAAAAUUGCCAUAAGGAUCAGCGAAGCAAAAGCUUUUAAAAAGUUUGGCAGCAGAGUUCAUGUCAUUCCAUUUCCGAAUUGUAAACAGUUUGAGUUCGGUUCCGAUCAAUAUUGGGAGUGUCAUAUUAGGACCAUAUCGAUGACUAUUUACCAUCCGGUUGGUACUUGUAAAAUGGGUCCGAAAUGGGAUAGUGAAGCAGUGGUCGAUCCAAGAUUAAGGGUGUACGGUAUAUCUGGGUUAAGGGUUAUAGAUGCCAGUAUUAUGCCAACCAUUCCAAGUGGCAAUACCAAUGCUCCAGCCAUUAUGGUUGGGGAAAAGGGAGCAGACUUGGUUAAGGAAGACUGGCUACAGAAUUACGUUUCAAAUUAAGAAUAAAUUUUAAAAACAUUGUUAGUCAUCAAUGUUAAAGGCUAUUCAUAAAAUUAUUUUAAAGCUAAAACGACAUACAAUCCAGAAAUGGGAUGAUGAAGUAGUGAAGAUUGAUAUAUCUAAAUAAUAUGCUUCAUCUUAGAUUAAAAAAAUUUGAUUUGCUUACUUAGAUCUAUAUGGCAGUUUCAAAUUAUUGUAAAAAGUGCCAUAGACACGUAUCGUUAAAAGUAUUAAGUUUUAGGUUAAUCUGGCUGGGCAUAAAUGCAAUAAAUAUUUUUUUAAGUAUCUAAAAUAUUAUAAAUGGUCUGUAAAUACGAUGUGCUCUCAUGAACAAAUUUUUUUUAUAGACUUCUCUGUGUAUAAAUUUAGAUUUAUAAUUGUUAUAUUAGCCUUCGCAGUUAAGUUCUGUUUCAACGGAGUUUAUAUGUAGUUUCCAUUCAUUACGCUGGAUUUCAGUUUGUGAACAAUAAACUUAUUCAACUCAAUUGCUGACAUCAUUUAUAAAUAUAAUUUUAGU